AUAACUUCGAUCAAGGUAUUUGUAACAGCAAACGCCAAUAAAGGUCAAGUCAAUGUCGUGACAAUGCCUAGAGAAAUCAUCACAAUCCAGGCAGGCCAGUGCGGCAACAGCAUCGGUAGUCAGUUCUGGCAACAGCUCUGUCAGGAGCACGGAAUCAACCAAGAUGGAAACCUCGAGGACUUCGCAACAGAGGGCGGCGAUCGUAAGGAUGUCUUCUACUAUCAGAGUGACGACACGCGAUAUAUCCCCCGUGCAAUCUUAAUAGACCUCGAACCGAGAGUCAUCAAUGGAAUACAAAACGGCCCUUACAAAAACAUCUACAACCCAGAGAACUUCUACGUCGGAAAAAGUGGCAUUGGCGCAGGGAACAACUGGGGUGACGGAUACCAAACGGGAGAGACCGUCCACGAAGAGAUCAUGGAGAUGAUAGAGCGAGAGGCAGACGGGAGUGAUUCUCUCGAGGGCUUUAUGCUACUCCAUUCCAUCGCUGGCGGCACGGGUUCUGGUCUAGGCUCCUUUCUUCUGGAACGAAUGAAUGAUAGGUUCCCCAAGAAGAUCAUCCAAACAUACUCGGUCUUUCCUGACACUACCAACGCGGGUGAUGUUGUGGUCCACCCUUACAACAGUCUUCUCUCAAUGAGGCGUCUGACACAAAACGCCGAUUCCGUUGUGGUUCUGGAUAAUGGAGCAUUGUCUCAUAUCGCGGCAGACAGGUUACAUGUUCAAGAACCAUCAUUCCAGCAAACGAAUCAGCUUGUCUCAACAGUCAUGUCUGCUAGCACUACUACCUUGCGAUAUCCGGGAUACAUGCACAAUGACUUAGUCAGCAUCUUAGCCUCGUUAAUACCCACGCCACGCUGUCAUUUCCUGAUGACUGCGUACACGCCUUUCACUGGAGAUCAAGUUGAACAAGCCAAGACCGUCCGAAAAACCACGGUGUUGGACGUUAUGAGACGAUUAUUGCAACCUAAGAAUCGUAUGGUCUCUACCGUUCCGAGCAAGAAAAGCUGCUAUAUCUCUAUCCUAAACGUCAUCCAAGGCGAGGUUGACCCCACGGACGUCCAUAAGAGUCUUCUACGUAUUCGUGAGCGAAGAUUAGCGACAUUCAUACCGUGGGGCCCCGCAAGUAUCCAGGUUGCUCUAACGAAGCGCAGCCCAUAUAUCCCGAUGAGCCACCGCGUCAGCGGCCUCAUGUUAGCUAACCACACUAGCAUAUCAACCUUGUUUAAGCGAAUCGUUCGCCAAUACGAUUUUAUGCGGAAGCGGAAUGCCUUCAUCGAUAGUUACAAGAAGACCGCUCCCUUCUCCGAAAAUUUUCACGAAUUCGACGAGGCCAGAGAAGUGGUGACGGACCUGAUUGCCGAGUACGAGGCGGCUGAAGAUGCCAAUUAUCUAAAUCCUGACGAGGGCGAUAAGGUCACAUCUGCAGAGACGGAUAAGAGAGUCGGGUAGUAGACUUUCUAUUUCCCUUGAAAUAGGACUAAUGAAGUUAUGUCGCAUUAAGAGCAUCGUCAAUUGGGUUUUAUACAACCAUGAUCGACAGGAAAGGGGAAAAGUUGAUAUCGAUGCGGAGUUUAGGUGUUUCGGUUUAUCAUGUUUAAAUGUUGGCGUGAUUCGCCUAGCACGUAGCACCUAGUUUAUCCACACACCAAGCAGCAAGUUACCAUAGAUACCAACAUUGCGAG